GCAGGUCAGGUGUUGGGCAAGGGUUGAGUCAAAUGCCAUGGAGAUGUCUCCAGCCCUUCUCAAUUGAAUCACGUGAGAGCCACAGCAAUUUGGCAAGAGCCCCGAUCAAAAAAAAAAAAAAACAAAGAAAAGUGGAUUGCUCUUUCCUGGAUUUUGAAAAUUCCUAGCCGAAGUAAGAGUGUGGCUUUCUGAGCUCGGACCAAUCAAAGGCAGUAGUGCAGGUGCGAAUCCUGAAUCUGGGGCGUCUCUGGUCUCCUUUGGUCCUCCCGAAACCCUGAGCUUUCGCAAACUCUGCCCCAAAUAACAGCCUCAAUUGACAUGUCCUGUUGCUAGGCGUGUCAACCACCGAAUCCCUCAUCACCUGAGUGUCGCAAUCACGAGAACGCCUUUCCCGAAAGGCGGAUUAAACCGGCGACAAGAUGAGCGCAGUUGUGUCGAAGAACCUCUUUGCCCUCCUCGGCAAUGACGAGGAGGACGACACCCCUAAGGCGCCCGUGAAGACGGUCGACAAGAAGGUCACCCACACGACCAAGCGCACUGGUGCUGACGAGGCCCCCCGCAGCAACGCUGCUGCUGCUGGUUCUCGCCGUGGAGCCGGCAACGACGGAGGCGAUCGUCGACCCAGGAACACCGACGAGGCCCGCGGCCCCCGGGGAGGCAUUGGUGCUCGUGCCCGUGGUGGACGUGGUGGCAGCUUCCGGAGGGAUCGCGAUGACCGUCAUGCUAAGAACUUGCCGUCAGGCGGAUCCGAGAAGACUGCCGCUCAGUCAUGGGGCGCCACCGAGGGUGAGGCCGAGCUGAAGGACGAGCAGGCUGGCGAAGAGCUCGCUAAGAAGGAGCAGAAAGAGGCCAAUGCCGAGGAUGCUGCUGCCGAGGAGCCUGUCGAGGAGGAGGACAAGAGCAUUUCGUAUGCCGACUACCUCGCCCAGCAGGCCGAGAAGAAGCUUGCCCUUGACAACGACCUCAAGGUCCGCCAGGCCAACGAGGGCACCAAGCUCAAGAAGGAGUGGGCCGCUGCUAAGCCCCUUGUCAAGGAUGAGGACGAUGACUUCAUCGCCGGCUCAGGUGGCAAGGCCAAGCGCGAGCGUGAGCGCAAGGUCAAGCAGGUCGUUGAUAUUGACCAGCGCUUCGUUGAGCAGCAGGACCGCCCUCGUGGCGGUGGCCGGGGUGGUCCCCGCGGCGGUGCCCGCGGUGAGUUCCGCGGAGGCCGUGGUCGUGGUGAGGGACGUGGUCGCGGUGACUUUGGAGGCCGUGGCCGUGGUGGCCCUCGCGAUGGUCCUCGUGAGGGUGGCCGUGGAGGUCCUCGUGGUGGCGCUCAAACCAUCAACACUAAGGACACGUCUGCGUUCCCCUCCCUUGGCAGCAGCUAGAGGCCGUAUUUGCGACAAACCCGACUUUGACGAUGCAAAGAGAUACGAUUCAAUGAUCAGUAUCUUUCAGGCACCAGCAGUCAAAGCGGUGCUUAUUGGCAUCUACGAAUCAGCAUGUGACAGUAGGGGGCGGUUGCCAUGGCCUUAUAAGCUCUGUCGAACUCAAGUUUCCGCCAUUAUCACCAACUUCACUUGUUGUGAUACGAUAUCGUCAAGUAUGCCUUUUGAAGGAAAGAAAGAAAAAAAAAUUCAAUUUUUGUUAACGUCGAUUUUCCCUCUCUUUUCGAGAAUGCACAUGGCAGAUUUUUUAGCAUCGUCUAUUCCCUUUUUCUUGUCAUCCUGAAGUCUUGCGCGAACGGUAUGGAAAAAAAUGGCUUGUGGCCGCUGGGGGAGCAACGGGAUCUGGGCUUUCCAAUGACGGUCAUGUUUUAUGGCAUCUUUGUACUGGUAAAUUCGGUUCGUUGUUUAAAGCUACUAACCCAUUCAUACUCGUUCCUUGUGGUAUUUUACUUUACAUUGUUAUUCUCCGGCCACUAGCAGAUGCAGAUUCUGCCGGUGUUAUCGCGGUUGUCGGACCGCGCCGUGAUUUGAGAUGGUUUAUUCCG